GCCAAGGUGGUUGCCAACAACGACAAGAAUCGGACUUAUUCUGUCUCCUACGUGCCCAAGGUGGCCGGUUUACACAAGGUCACUGUCCUUUUUGCGGGCCAAAAUAUCGAUCGGAGCCCCUUUGAAGUCAACGUGGGCAUGGCGCUCGGGGACGCCAGCAAGGUGACUGCCCGUGGACCAGGCCUGGAGCCCGUGGGAAACGUGGCCAACAAACCCACUUACUUCGACAUCUACACCGCAGGAGCGGGGGCCGGUGAUGUGGGGGUGGUGAUCGUGGACCCCCAAGGACGCCGGGACACCGUGGAGGUGGUCUUGGAAGACAAAGGAGACAAUAUUUUCCGCUGCACUUAUCGGCCCAUCCUGGAGGGUCCUCACACCAUCUAUGUGACCUUUGCGGGGGCUCAGAUCCCCAAAAGCCCCUUCACGGUCAAUGUGGCAGAAGCGCCGCCUCCUGCUCCCCCACCUGGUGUCUCCCCCAUUCAGAUCAUCCCUCAGUCCGUCUGUACCCCACCUGCCGAUGCCAAGAAAAUGCCACCCCCCACUCUGCCCAAGCCGCAUAAACCAAGUUAGUAAA